AUCCCGGUCGUCUUCCAACUGUACCACAGUACCAGGAUACAGCAUUUGUUUACCUCUCUUGAGCUGAAGUCCUUCGCUGACUUCCUGGGCAUUGCUAGAUCUUGCACAAGCCUCUCGCCUCUGCUCAAUACUGUGACACAUCCUGGGAUGGCUCAUCCAUCUCUUCACCCUCAGCUCUCCGGUGCCUCCUGCCGUGUGAGUCAGCUCUGCUGUUCUCACCAGGCCGCCGUUCCGAAUUGCCUCUCCUGUGGCCAUCUUUUGGUCUCCUCUCAAAGGUCACCUUUGACACAUCCCACCAGUGCCUGGACUAUAAUGCUCCACAAAGGUGCGUGAAACCAGCUGACAGACGAAGAUUGAGGUGUACCUUGACAGCCACAGUCAACCUGGACUGGCAGUUGCAGCAUCCCAGAGUGGAAAGCUGAAGACAGGAGGAACAUGGAGAAUGCAGGAGGAAGAGUCUUUAGUGGGAAACGGGCCAACUUACCAGGGGUGCCUCAGCAUCCAGCGGUGCAGAAGUUGGUGACGUCUCGGGCCCAACUGCAAGAGGAGAAGUUGCGGCUGCAGCAACAGUUACUGUUGCUGCAGGAGAAACUUGCUGUGCAAGAGAGCAGCCCACUCACUCGGGCUGCGCAGCUGCGGAACAAGACAGAAAGCCUGAAGGACAGGCUCCCAAAGCCGGCUCAGGAGAUGAACAGUCUUCAUUCUGCGCUGGGUGGCACAGACCUGGAGAAGCACCGGGACCUCUUGAUUGCAGAGAAUGCACACUUAAAGCAGGAGAUGAAGCGGUGUGAGGCCCAGCUGCAGGAGCUGAGGAAGCCCUCGGCAAGGUGCUCCGACUGCACACACGGCCAGGAGAACGUGAAGUUGCAGGAGAAGCUGGCGCAAGUAAGGCAGGAAGCGGAAGAAGUGAAAGGACGCCUCUCGGAGCUGGACCUGGAGGUGGAGCAGAAAACCAACCGUCUGGCGGAGGUAGAACUGCGGCUGAAGGACUCCUUGGCAGAGAGGGCCGAGGAGGAGGAGCGGCUGAGCCGGAGGCUGCGGGACAGCCAGGAGGUGAUAGCCAGCCUCAGGGCCCAGCCUCACCAGGUCAAGUAUGUCAUCCGAACGGUGGAAGUGGAGUCCUCCAAGACCAGGCAAGCCCUCUGUGAAGCCCAGUCUCGGAACCAGUACUUGCAGGACCAGGUUGGGAUGCAGAAGCAGGUGCUGAAGGAGAUGGAGCAGCAGCUGCAGAGUUCCCAGAAGGCAGCAGCUCAGCUCAGGGCCCAGGUCAGGGUGUAUGAAUCUGAGCUAGAACGGUCCCACGAGCAGAUGCUGGAGGAGAUGCAGAACGUGGAGGAGGACAAGAACCGAGCCAUUGAAGAAGCUUUUGCUCGAGCACAAGCAGAAAUGAAGGCUGUCCACGAAAACCUGGCAGGAGUGCGGACCAACCUGCGCACACUCCAGCCAGCUCUUCGCACUCUCACCAAUGACUACAAUGGCUUAAAGCGCCAAGUCAGAGAGUUCCCUGCUCUGCUUCAAGAAGCCUUACGGAGCACCAAGGCUGAGAUCGGGCAAGCCAUUGAAGAGGUGAGCAGCACCAAUCAGGAGCUGCUGAGGAAAUACAGAAAGGAGCUGCAGCUCCGGAAGAAAUGUCAUGACGAGCUGGUGCGGUUGAAAGGUAAUAUCCGAGUGUUUGGCCGUGUUAGGCCAAUACGAACAGAGGAUGGUGAAGGGCCAGAAGCUGUAAGUGCGGUGACGUUUGAUCCUGAUGAUGACGCUGUCCUGCAUCUGAUGCACAAAGGGAAGCUGGCAUCAUUUGAACUGGACAAAGUUUUUCGCCCGGAAGCAACUCAGGAAGACGUCUUCCGAGAAGUUCAGGCUCUGAUCACAUCGUGCAUUGAUGGUUACAACGUUUGUAUUUUUGCCUAUGGACAAACGGGUGCUGGGAAGACGUACACAAUGGAGGGGACCCUGGAAAACCCUGGGAUCAACCAGAGGGCUCUGCGGCUUCUCUUCUCCGAAGUGCAGUCCAAAGCCCCUGACUGGAACUACAGGAUCACUGUCAGUGUGGCUGAAAUCUAUAAUGAAGCUCUCAGAGAUUUGCUUGGAAAGGAGCCUCAGGAGAAGCUGGAGAUCAGACUCUGCCCAGACGGCAGUGGGCAGCUCUAUGUUCCAGGCUUGACAGAGUUCCCCGUUCAUAGCGUUGAAGACAUCAACCAGGUCUUUGACUCUGGUCAUAUCAACCGAGCAACUGAGUGCACCUACCUCAAUGAACACAGCUCCAGAUCGCACGCCCUCCUCAUGGUCACAGUGAGGGGAAUCGACCGCAGCACAGGAAUAAGAACCACAGGAAAGCUGAAUUUAGUAGACCUGGCAGGAUCUGAGCGUGUGGGCAGAUCUGGUGCAGAAGGGAACAGGUUGCGUGAGGCCCAAUACAUCAACAAGUCGCUCUCGGCUCUGGGAGAUGUGAUCCAUGCGCUGCGUUCCCGCCAGGGCCAUGUGCCGUUCCGCAACUCCAAGCUGACAUACCUCCUCCAAGAUUCUCUCAGUGGUGAAAGCAAGACCCUCAUGAUGGUCCAGGUUUCUCCGGCUGAGAAGAACACGAGCGAGACACUCUGCUCCCUCAAGUUUGCCGAGAGGGUCCGCUCUGUGGAACUGGGCCCCGGUGCUCGGCGGGCAGAACUGGGCUCCUGGACCAGCCAGGAGCACUUGGAGGCAGAACCCCCCGCCGCCAUGCAGCUCUGCGUCCGAACACAGCCUUCCCCUCGAACAGGGCGGUCAAGCUCACUUCGGGCAAAGCUCCAGACUGCGGGGAAGCUGAGGCCAAUUCCUGUAUGAAAGUUGAUGUAAGGAAAAGGUGUUUCCAAAGAGGACUUUGGGAAGCCAUGCCGGCUUUCUAAAUCCCCCAUCCUGGGCUGGGGCUACAAGCUGCUGUUUCUGGGAAUGACAAAGACAUCCUAGUGUUUGGAUCUGUCAUCCCUUGUCCACUGCUGGCAGUGGGGCAGGGCGCUUGGAUCCAUAUGGACUUCAGGAAAGGGUCAUUUCCUGAUUGACACAGCAAAUUUUUAACAGAUUUUUUUUAAAAGAGAGCAGAGGUUCUAAACACACUCUGCUCUUAUGUACUCUUUCCCUUUCAUUUUUAUUUGAAUAAAAAUGUUGCACCCAGUCGGAA